AGAGCUCAUCUCUAACGUGAACGUGGAAGGGACUGGAAAGAAAAACACACGUCAAAAAUUCUUAACACUAAGAGCAAAAACAAUCAUUUAAAGCGUUUUUAAAUGCACUUGAUCCAAAAUUUAAAGGGCUUGCAAUAGGAAUUGUUAAACAAGCUGCCCACGUUCAGCAUCAACUGCCAAACAUCAUUGCUGGUGACCAAGCGACAAGCAAUAUAACUUCAGGUGCAGGCAUAGGCGGAGCCAGCCACGAAAACAAUUUACAAUCAAUAAUAAAAGACAGCAAACAGGCGCAGCGUCAUCAAUACCAUGUCCAACAAUGCAGCGGGACCCACAAAACAGGAAAUCGAAGCCGUGUUCAGUCGCCUGCGGGCACAGCCUGCCAACAAGUCUUGCUUCGAUUGUGCAACAAAAGCGCCCACAUGGUCCUCCGUCACGUAUGGCAUCUUCAUAUGCAUCGACUGUUCCGCCGUGCAUCGCAAUCUCGGCGUGCAUUUGACCUUUGUGCGUAGCACCAAUCUGGACACCAACUGGACCUGGCUGCAGCUGCGGCAAAUGCAACUGGGCGGCAAUGCCAAUGCCGCGCAAUUCUUUCGCUCUCACAACUGCAGCAGCAGCGACGCCCAGGUCAAAUACAAUUCCAGGGCGGCUCAGCUGUACCGCGACAAGCUGGCGGCGCAGGCACAGCAGGCGAUGAAGGUCUAUGGCACCAAGCUGCACUUGGACCCGGCGGCGGAUAAGAGCGAGGGCAAUGAUGCCGCCAGGGAGGACCAGGAGGAGGAAGACUUUUUUGCGCAAUGCGAUAACAUUAAUGCCAACGCGCAUCUGGAGAACAACAACAUCAGCCUUGCGGCCAACGAUGUAAAGCUGGAGACCAAGCCUGCGGUGGAGGCCAACGCAAGUGUUGGAGUCGGUGCGCCCAGCGUCGAUCUUCUCAACUCGAUUGUGGCCCCCUCAGCGGUGCCCUCGUCUAUAGGUGUCCGCAAGAUACAGCCCAAGAAGGGAGCACUGGGCGCACGCAAGGUGGGUGGACUGGGCGCGACGAAGGUAACGACGAACUUUGCGGACAUUGAAGCGCGCGCCAACGCGGCAAAUGAGAGCAAGACGGCAGCAGCUGCUGCAGGACCUGUUGAGAAGUCACAGACCGCAGAGGAGGAGAUGGAAACUGUGGCGAGCAUGCGUUUGGCAUACCAAGAUCUGUCGCUGCAGAAGACGCGCGAGGAGGCCAAGCUAAAGAGCAUCGAUCCCGCCAAGGCCAAGCAAAUGGAACGGCUGGGCAUGGGCUUUAACUUGCGCGGCUCUGACGUGGCGCACUCCGCCUUAAGCGACAUGGAGACCAUACAGCAAUCCGCUGCACCUAAGGCCAGUGCACAGAGCAAACUAGCUGCGCUGGAGAACGAAAACUUUUUCAAUGAUCACUCGUUGAACUUGUACAGCGGCGGUGGCGAUAAGAAGGAGACCUCGAGCAGCACCAGCAAGUUGGACAAAUUCGAAUUGGAUGCACUGGGAUAUGAGACAAUUGAGCCCAUUGGCGGCACGCACAGCAACAUCACGUCCAUGUUCGCUGCCGGCAGUGAUUACGAUAAGCCCAAUGCGCGGAGCAGCGGAACAGCAGCGGCCAACAAGAGCAAAAGCAAAAGCACCAUCAACAGCAAUGAUCCUGUCGUGGCGCAGCAAAAGUUCGGUAACUCCAAGGGUUUUGGCUCUGAUCAGUACUUUGCGAGCGAACAAUCUUCGGCGGAUGUUAGCGCCAAUCUGAAUCGGUUCCAGGGCUCGCGCGCCAUAUCUUCAUCAGACUACUUCGGGGACGGUGCCCCAGGAGGUGGCAUGAGCAAUCGCGGCAGCGGCGGCUACACGACUGGGGUUAACUUUAAUGCGCCCGAUUUGGAUGAUGUCAAGGAAAGUGUGCGCCAGGGCGUGCACAAGGUGGCCGGCCGGCUGAGCAAUCUGGCCAACGAUGUCAUGUCCUCGCUGCAGGAUAAAUAUGGUUACUGAUAGCGGCAACAUCAGCACUAAAAGCAACCGAAGUUAACCAUUAAAUGAUUUUUAUAUAAUAUAUGUCACUCCAAUUUAGAAUAUGUCCAAAAAGUUAUAAACAAUUCCAAGCCGACAGCUGUGUAGCAUUGAAUUUGAGAAUCGAUUUCAAAAGAUUCUUGUAUAAACAACACCAUAUAAACUUAAACGUAGUGUCUUCAGCAACAUUAUACACAAAUACAUUGUACAACUUGUGCAUUAUAUGCAGAUGAAA